AUGCCAAUGAUCCGCUGCGACCUAUCCAACGAUUCUGGAACCUUUAAUCGAGACAAGCGCGAACAUACGGGGCAAAAUGAAGCGGUGCACCAUCCUGUUGGAAAUCCCCUGUCAAAAGCGUCUUUGGUCAAAACAGAUCGCACAGAAUACGGCAGUUCGCAGAAUCACAGGAUGAAAGUUGUCUUUCUUUCUUUUGUAUGGCCUUUCUUCCUCCCUUUCUUUCUUUCUUUCUUUCUUUCUUCGUUUUUUUCUUUCUUUUUUGUUCUUUCUUGUUUCCUCCCUUUCUCUAUUGCUUUAUUUUUCAUCUCUUUUUUCUCCUUUUUCUUUCUUUCUUUCUUUCUUUCUUUCUUUUUUUCUUUAGAAACGGGUAUAGUUAUUUUCUCUCUUACUACCUUUCGUCUCUCUCUCUCUCUCUGCCUGCUCUUCUCUCCUUUUCUUUAUUCCCGCUUCUAUCUACUUUUUCACUAA